ACGAGCGCUAGAGGAAAAUCAAGUAGACGACGGGUUAAGCACAAAGAGGAAAUUCGUAAGCAGAACAGUUUUCUGGUGGCCGGUUCGAGAAGGACUGCCACACGGGGGAGGCGAGAAAAUCCAUUCGUUAAUCCAAAUCGUGACAAUAAACUCAACUUCUCGAGCGACCAUAUUUAACACAACGUUGCCUUAAAAGCGGAGCCGACAAUGUCAUACUGCGCUCGGAUUUUGCAGGCCCAGAAAGUAGCUGUUAUAGCUGCUGAAAUUCAACAAAGAUGUUUCAGCACCAGCCCACUUACUUAUGCUGCUGCAAAGGUGGCUAUGUCCAAAUUUGAUAAAAGCAACUAUCUGCCCUAUGACAAGCUUGAAGAAAAUAUAAAAAUUGUGAAGAAGAGGUUAGAUCGUCCUCUGACUCUAUCAGAAAAAGUUUUGUACUCCCACUUAGAUGAGCCCCAUAAACAGGAUAUCACACGUGGAACCAGUUACUUGCGGUUACGUCCUGAUCGAGUGGCUAUGCAAGAUGCAACAGCACAAAUGGCUAUGCUCCAGUUCAUCAGCUCUGGACUUCCAAAAGUUGCUGUUCCAUCUACCAUCCACUGUGAUCACUUGAUUGAAGCUCAAAUAGGUGGUGAACAAGAUCUUAAACGUGCUAAAGACAUCAACAAAGAAGUCUACAACUUCCUAAAAACUGCUGGUGCUAAGUAUGGCGUUGGCUUCUGGAACCCUGGAUCAGGAAUCAUUCAUCAAAUCAUCCUUGAAAACUAUGCUUUUCCUGGUCUUCUUAUGAUUGGUACAGAUUCUCAUACUCCAAAUGGAGGUGGUCUUGGUUGUCUGUGUAUUGGUGUUGGUGGUGCUGAUGCUGUAGAUGUAAUGGCUAACAUCCCUUGGGAGUUAAAAUGCCCAAAAGUUCUUGGAGUCAAACUAACUGGCGAGUUGAAAGGCUGGACUAGCCCUAAGGACGUUAUUUGCAAACUAGCUGGAAUUCUUACUGUUAAAGGAGGUACCGGCUUCAUUGUAGAGUAUUUCGGCCCCGGUGUUGACAGCAUCAGCUGCACUGGCAUGGCUACUAUUUGCAACAUGGGUGCUGAAAUCGGGGCUACCACCUCUUUGUUUCCCUAUAACAAUAGAAUGAAGGAUUAUCUGAAAUCUACUCAACGUAGUGACAUAGCUGCUGCCGCAGACUCAGUCAAAUCUUCUCUACUCUCAGCUGAUAAUAACGCCAAAUAUGAUCAAAUUGUCGAAAUUGACUUGUCUACUCUGGAACCUCACGUCAACGGACCCUUCACCCCCGAUCUUGCAAACCCAAUCUCGCAAUUAGGAGCUAACGCUAAAAAGAACGGUUGGCCAAAUGAAGUAAAAGUUGGUCUGAUUGGUUCCUGCACAAACAGCUCGUACGAGGAUAUGGGCAGAUGUGCGAACAUUGCUAAGCAGGCCAUGAAACAUGGUCUUAAGGCUAAAUCUGCUUUUAACGUCACCCCCGGUUCUGAGCAAGUCCGUGCUACCAUCGAACGUGACGGAAUCGCGCAAACCCUUCGGGAGUUUGGUGGUACCGUGCUUGCCAAUGCCUGCGGUCCAUGUAUCGGUCAAUGGGACAGACAAGAUAUCAAGAAGGGAGAUAAGAACACCAUUGUCACGUCGUACAACCGUAAUUUCACUGGGCGUAACGAUGCUAAUCCUGCCACUCAUGCUUUCGUUACCAGCCCUGAACUCGUUACCGCUCUUUCGAUCGCUGGUAGACUCGACUUCAAUCCUCUGACUGACAAACUUAAAGGCGCCGAUGGCAAAGAAUUCCUCUUGGACAACCCCUAUGGCGACGGCUUGCCAUCUAAAGGAUUUGAUCCUGGCAUGGAUACCUACGACUCACCGCCACCUGACGGAAGCAAAGUCAAAGUUGACGUUGAUCCAAAAUCCCAACGUCUGCAGCUUCUCGAGCCCUUCGACAAAUGGGACGGCAAAGACCUUAUCGAUAUGACUGUUCUCAUCAAAGUCAAAGGAAAAUGCACAACUGAUCACAUCUCUGCCGCUGGCCCUUGGCUUAAAUAUCGUGGACAUUUGGAUAAUAUCUCAAACAAUAUGUUCAUUGGUGCCACAAACGCCGAGAACAGUGAAAUGAACAAGAUUAAGAAUCAGCUGACCGGCGAAUGGGGUGGAGUACCAGACGUUGCGCGCCACUACAAGAAGAACAACGUGAGGUGGUGUGCCGUCGGUGAUGAAAACUACGGUGAAGGCUCAUCUCGCGAGCAUGCCGCUCUUGAGCCACGUCAUUUGGGUGGCCGUGCCAUCAUUACUAAGAGCUUUGCUCGUAUCCACGAAACCAAUCUGAAGAAACAGGGCCUCCUUCCACUUACUUUCGCUAACGCCUCUGACUAUGACAAGAUUCAACCAACCGACAAAAUCAGCCUCCUUGGCUUGAAAGAUCUUGCCCCUGGAAAGCCGGUGAAAUGUGAGAUCAAACACAAGGACGGCAAGGUCGAUUCGAUCAUGUUGAACCACACGAUGAACGAGCAACAAAUAGAAUGGUUCAAGGCGGGCUCAGCGCUCAACCGAAUGAAGGAGAUCGCCGCUGGCAAGUGAAGAUCUUUGGAUGCAGAUCCGAACCGCCAACGAAUAUGUUUUCACAGCUAGUUACGCGUAGGCCGGUUAAAAUUAGACGAAGCACGCUAUCUAGCGCUCGCGAGCAUCCUCUUUCCUUUCCGUUCUCGUGCUCUAUACUGCUUUUGUCAUUCGAUACACUUCUCAUACGACGGAGGAGAGAGAAUGCUAACCGCGACUGUCGAAGGUGCAUAACUGGUUAAAACUGAUUCAAUUAUAUAUAUGUAUACAUAUUAUAUAUGAUAUAAUAGCGAUAUACACGAGAAGUCAUAAUGUAACGUAGCAAUGCAACUUUAACAUUUACGAAGAUGUAUUCUCGCUUUUUAUUACUAGGCGAUCGUACGCAAAGGUGCAAUCAUUAUUUCCGUUGACACGUUUGUAAACGCGAAUUGAUAAGCCAAAUAUUUCCAAAUGUACGUUCAGCAUUAUUUCUUGAGACUUUUUAAUGGAGGGAAUGCAGCUUUGAGUGAAUCCGUAGUAUUGCGUUCGAAAUGCUACGAUUUUACAAAUUACAAAGUAUCAAAAAAAUAUGCAAGCAAAAAUAAAUAAUAAAUAAAAAUUAAUAAAGCACGACAAAGGUGUGUAGAGUAGCACCAGUUGUUUCAAGCAAUCAGAGAGAAAGAGAGAGAGAAAGAGACCAAGAGAGAGAGUGAGAGAAGGAAAAAACGUUUUUCAAUAUUUUCUGAGGAAUUUAACGAACGUUAACGGAUAAUGGAAUCGAUGGAAAAAAGUUUGUUAUUAUCGAUGUUUUUCGCACGUUUAUCCGGUCUCAAAGUGAAGAAUCGUGUACGCCCCAGGCCGGAUGCGUCGAUUAAAUAUCGAAGCCGCUUUUUUCGCUACUCCCAUGCCCUUCGCUACUCAAUGAUGUAUAAAUAUAUUUAUGAAAAACAAAUGGAACGUUACUGAUUAAUUGUGACUUACGAAUAAAUUCAUCGUACGGGACCAUGCUAGUAUCUUUGUUGUUCUUUUUUUUUGUAAUUGGUCCCGCUCGAGCUUGUAUCCUUUUGAUUUUUACUUACACGCAAAAGUUUACAUCUUCGGAAUAACAACUGGCGCUUCUGCUCCAUCGUUGGGGCAGUUGUGCGUGCGAGCGCGCGAAUGGCUCCAUUGUAUCGAACGAUCGAAUCAUCGUCAUUCUUUGCGAAAAUGAAUUAUAAAAAUAAAAUAUUCAAUGAAAAACACA